AGAAAAAAAUAAAAUAAUAGGGAAAAACAAUAAAAAAGGAAAUUUUUUUCUUUAAAAGUGAAAAAUUUUAAGGAAUUUACCCUUAAAAGAUAAAGAAAACCAUUUUUAACCCUUAAAAAAACAAAGUGCAAUAAUUUUCUAACAUUAAAAACCGCUCCCAUAAUAAAAUUAAUCAUAAAAAAUGGAUGUUAUAAAUAAAUUCUAUUCUACUGUUCACACCACCGUCUCGCAGCUGUCGGGUGUAUUGCCAGGUAAUAAUGUUACGCGUGAAUAUGAGGUCCUAGAACAAACCUGCACCGCUGGUAGUGGUUUGUUGUGGAAAGUUUAUAAUGGCUUUAAAAAAUCCACCAAACAGGAAGUCUCUGUUUUUGUAUUCGAAAAGAAAUCAUUGGAUCGUUGGUCGAAGGAGGAUAAAGAGGCCAUAUUGGAAUCAAUGCGCCGAGGAGUGCAACAGUUAACGAAAAUAAGACAUCCUCAUGUCUUGACGGUGCAACAUCCGCUCGAAGAGAGUCGUGACUCAUUGGCUUUUGCCACUGAACCUGUUUUCGCUUCACUAGCCAAUGUAGUGGGUGAUCAAGUUAGGGCGGAAAAGAAGUUAUAUGAUGUUGAAAUACGCCAUGGUUUACUGCAGCUAUUCGAUGGUUUGCAAUUCUUACACAACGACGCUAAAAUUGUACAUCGCAAUAUUUGCGCCGAAACAAUAGUGAUUAAUAAAAAUCGUUCAUGGAAAUUGUUUGGUUUUGAUUUUUGUGUAGCCAAUCAACCGCAACCGGAUGGCAAACCCUAUUGGCCCUGCAAAGAGUAUUCUACAUCGAUACACAUGCUGGCUCAACCGUCUUUGGAGUAUUGUGCUCCCGAAAUUGCCUUAAAUAAUAUCAAUUCAACAGAUAGUGAUCUGUUUGCUUUGGGUGUGCUUAUUUUCACCAUUUACUCGGGUAAACCAAUGAAAAUGUUUGGCAACGAUUACAGUGCCUUUAGGAGGUAUGCUAACGAAUUAAAUCAACGUAAAUAUCCACCCAUGAAUGUGGUGCCCAGCGAAUUGACAGAGAGUGUAAAGGGUUUGCUGCAUCCUAGUCCACAUUUAAGGCCAAAAUUGCAUGAAUUAAAAGAGGUCACCUAUUUCCAUGAUGUUGGCGUUAAAACUCUCAGCUAUUUGGACUCACUCUAUCAGUGGGAUAAUCUACAAAAAUCCAAAUUCUACAAAGGUCUACCCCAAAUUAUACCCACUCUACCGCAUCGUGUCAAUCUUCACUCCAUACUACCCUAUCUAGUUAAGGAAUUUGUCAAUUCACCCAUGAUACCUUUUGUAUUGCCUAAUGUUUUACUUAUUGCUGAAAUGAGCAGCCAAAAAGAAUACUGUGACCAUAUCCUACCCCACCUUAAACCAAUCUUUAAACUCACCGAUCCCAUACAAAUUCUAUUGAUUUUUAUGCAAAAAAUGGAUUUACUACUUAAACUAACACCAGCCGAAGAGGUAAAACUACAUGUACUACCUCUACUCUAUCGUUCACUGGAAUGUGAUAUGCCACAGAUACAGGAGUUGUGUCUAAAUGUUUUACCCACUUUCUCUACACUAAUCGAUUAUAAUGCCAUGAAAAAUGCUGUUAUACCCAGAAUAAAGAAAUUGUGUUUGAUGAGCAGCAAUGUUUCCGUAAAAGUGAAUUGUUUAAUCUCUAUUGGUAAACUAUUGGAAAAUCUAGAUAAAUGGUUGGUUUUGGAUGAGAUAUUGCCAUUUUUACAACAAAUAAAAAGUCGUGAACCUGCCAUUGUAAUGGCUAUAAUAGGUAUUUACAAGAUCGCCAUGACAAAUACCAAACUAGGCAUUACCAAAGAUGUUAUGGCUCAUAAGUGUAUACCAUUUUUGGUCCCUCUAAGUGUAGAAAAUGGUUUGACUAUUGCUCAAUUCAAUACCAUUGUAGCUUUGAUUAAGGAAAUGUUUUCUCGUGUAGAAAAGGAACAACGUGAAAAACUCGAGCAAUUGUCUACCAUACAAAGGGAUAAUAAACCUAAAGACGCUUCCGAAAUUUUGGCUAAUGAAUUGGAGAAGACUUCUCUUAAAUCCGGUGGUGGUGUUAGUAACAAUGAUGAUAUGUUUUCGGGUUUCUCUCUUAGUCAAUCUUCGAAUAAUAAAACUUCAACCGUGACUGCCAACUCUAAUAAUCUGCAGUUGAAUAAACCCAAGGAGCAAUUAAAAAUUGCCCAUAAUACCACAGCCAAACCGGACAUUUUAUCUUCACUUAUGACUUCAAAUCUUUCCAACAUGUCCAAUAGCAACAACAUCUCCAAACCAGUUAACAAUCCCUACAAUACCAACAGCAACGAUAACUCGAACACUAACAAUUGGCAACAAACAAAUACUAACAAUUGGCACAGUGCCAAUCCUUUAGUUAUGAAUCAUCAAUUACCACCACCCUCAACGGCGGCAAGCAAUGCAUUAACGACCCCAAAUAACAACUCAAACGGCAAUAAUACAUUCUCUUCACUCGAUGAUUUAGAUCCAUUUGGUAAUAGUAAACAAAAACAACAGCAGCAGCAACACAACAACUCAAACACACAAGCCAAUACCUAUACCUUACAAAAGCCCACUGUUGAUUAUAUUUAUCCGGUGGGUUAUCAAGCGAUGAAAACUAAUGCCAAUACUCCUCUUAUGGGCAAUAAUGCUAUCUCUAUGAAUUCUUUAAUGAAUUCCAAUUCUAGUAUGGCACCCUUAAUGCCUCAAACAACAUCAACAACGAAUGCUCAAUCUCAUGAUUCUAACAAUUUUAAUACCUUGAGUCAGCAAGAUAUUUUGAGUUUUUUGAAUUAAAGAAAAUACAAUUUCUUUAAGAAGACAUUACUAAUGGUUGGUUAAAUAAUAUAAAACUUCUUGUGAUUUAUUCUAUUAUGAAAAACAAAUACAAAAACAAACAAAAACAUAUUGUGUCAAAGAAACUAACAACAUUCCCCUAUGAAUAUCUUUACUAUAUAUUUAUUAAAUUAAUUAAGUGAUAAUUUGUUUUUUUUUUUUUUAAUUUGUAAUUUUUAAAAGUGUAUGCUGCUCUGUAAGAAAAUCUAUUAUAAAUGUUCUCAUUUUUGUUUCUUUAGUGUUUAAACAAAUAAAUAUUAGAAAAUAUUUCUAAUAUUUAACAUUUUGAUAUAUACAUGUUGUGUUUGAUAUAUACAUGUUUUCAAAAUUUAAUUUAUUUAAAAACAACUUACGAAAC